ACCAGCUACUCGGAGGCCAUUGAAUAUCUGUACAACUCCAACGACUUUUUCAUUUCCACGGAUGUAGAAGACUAUCCCACCACGGGGUACUUGCCCUACUUCAUUCAGCCCCAGCGAAUGACUCAGAUUACAAAUCUUCGCAUCGACUGGGACCUAGACCGCCACCAGUUCUUCCAGGCAGCGCUCAUGCCUUCACCGCACCGUGAGGAGUGGUAUAGGACGUGGGAUGUUCUACGUCGGAUGGCCGGUCUCCGAAAGCUACACAUACGACUAUACUUCUUCCUAGAUCUCUGGCAACAGUGCUACGCCGAUUUCUGGAAACAAAACAGCGAGGAAUUGCUCGAACCUGUCAAGGCGGUUACCGCACCAAAGGACUUUAUCGUCGUUCUUCCGGAUUGGCGGUGCUCGACUGACAUUGAUGUCGGCCAGUCCAACUGCAUUUUUGAGUUGCCCGCAGCGAGCGACGAUAGUUCUUGA